AUGCAGCGCGGUUUGGACUUAUGAGUCUGCGCUAACAGAAAAAGAGGAGGUUCCCGAAUAGAGUCCUUUAUUUAUUUCUUUGUUUCCAGUGGGGAAAAAUAAUAAGAGCGACAUAUACCACAGGCACUUCAUUUAUUAUCUUUGUCCGUAUACACAAGAAAACUGGAUAAGAUUACAGUGGUUACUCGAAGGCCAAAGCCAAGGGGAGGAGGAUGAAGCGGCGCAAUGCGGACUGCAGCAAACUCCGACGGCCGUUAAAACGGAACCGAAUCACUGAGGGUAUAUACGGCAGUACCUUCCUGUACCUGAAGUUCCUGGUGGUGUGGGCACUGGUGCUACUGGCAGACUUUGUACUGGAGUUCAGGUUUGAGUACCUCUGGCCAUUCUGGCUCUUCAUCCGGAGUGUGUACGACUCCUUUAGAUACCAGGGGCUGGCCUUCUCAGUAUUCUUUGUGUGUGUGGCGUUUACCUCGGACAUCAUUUGCCUCCUCUUCAUCCCAGUGCAAUGGCUAUUCUUUGCUGCCAGUACCUAUGUGUGGGUACAGUAUGUUUGGCACACAGAGAGAGGGGUUUGUCUGCCCACUGUGUCUCUAUGGAUACUCUUUGUGUACAUAGAGGCAGCCAUCAGAUUCAAAGACCUGAAGAACUUCCACGUGGACUUGUGUCGUCCUUUUGCUGCACACUGCAUUGGCUACCCAGUGGUCACGCUGGGCUUCGGCUUCAAGAGCUAUGUAAGCUAUAAGAUGCGCCUCCGAAAGCAGAAGGAGGUACAGAAGGAGAAUGAGUUUUACAUGCAGCUGCUGCAGCAGGCUCUGCCUCCAGAGCAACAGAUGCUUCAGAGGCAAGAGCGAGAAGCAGAAGAAGCAGCAGCAGCAGCAGCUAAAGGAAUAUCUGAAGUGGACAUACCUCCAGUGUCACAGAAUGGCGCCCCAGCCAAUAAAAAGACAUCGGCAUCACUGCCGGAGUUAGAGUAUAGAGAAAAAGGGAAAGAGGGGAGGGGCGGCGGGGAGGCUAAAAAGCAGCACAACAGCAACAGCAUCCUGCCAUCAUCAGUGGACUCUAAACUCCAAGAGAUGGAGUAUAUGGAGAACCAUAUAAACAACAAGAGACUGACCACAGAGCUGGGCAGCACAGAGAACCUGUUGCUUAAAGAGGACAACAAUUCCUCCUGCUCAUCCUCAUCCUCCUCCUCCUCCAAAAACUACAAAAAUGCUAGCAGCAACGUGGCGACGCUCAACUCUUCGCCACGCGGCCAUAGUGCUACCAACGGCACUGUGCCCUCCUCUACGCCAUCAUCCUCCUCUUCCAUGGGGAAGAACGAGAAGAAGCACAAGUUGGCAGUGGGGAAGGGGACGUCGGGAGGCUCCCACAGGGAUCCCACAGACAACUGUAUCCCCAACAACCAGCUGAGCAAGCCAGAAGCACUUGUUAGAUUGGAGCAGGACGUGAAGAAGUUGAAGGCAGACCUGCAGGCCAGCCGGCAGGUUGAGCAGGACCUGCGUAGCCAGAUUGGCUCGCUGGGCAGCGCUGAGCGCUCCAUACGCACUGAGCUGGGCCAACUGCGCCAGGAGAACGAACUGCUGCAGAACAAGCUCCAUAAUGCUGUGCAGGCAAAGCAAAAGGAUAAACAGGCAGUGGGCCAACUGGAGAAAAGGCUCAAAGCAGAGCAGGAGGCUCGAGCCACUGCCGAGAAACAGCUCGCAGACGAAAAGAAGCGAAAGAAGUUAGAGGAGGCCACAGCAGCUAGAGCAGUAGCACUAGCAGCAGCAUCCAGAGGGGAGUGCACAGACACGCUGCGGCGGCGGAUCACUGAAUUAGAAACAGAGUGCAAGAAACUAACAAUGGACAUCAAGCUAAAGGAGGACCAGAUCAGAGAGCUUGAAUUAAAAGUUCAGGAGCUUCAUAAAUAUAAGGAGAAUGAAAAAGACACAGAGGUGCUGAUGUCGGCGCUGUCAGCCAUGCAGGACAAGACCCAGCACCUGGAGAACAGUCUGAGUGCAGAGACCAGGAUCAAACUGGACCUCUUCUCUGCGCUGGGAGACGCCAAGAGACAGCUAGAGAUUGCACAAGGUCAGAUCCUGCAGAAGGACCAGGAGAUAAAAGAUCUGAAGCAGAAGAUAGCCGAAGUGAUGGCCGUCAUGCCCAGCAUCUCCUACACAGGCGACACCAGCAGCAUGAACCCUGUGGCCCCCCACUACUCCUCCAAAUUCAUGGACACCAAUCCCUCCGGCCUAGAUCCCAACGCCUCCGUUUACCAGCCACUCAAAAAGUGAACGCUUCGUCCCACCCCUCUCCUGCCUCCAUCCUCCCAUCAUUUUUAUUUUCCCUGCAGGCCCACCACCUUCAAGUCUGCUCGGCAUGUCUGCGGCUGAGGACGUUGUUUUUCUUGGGUUUUUAUUUUUCUCCUCGCCAGGUCAGAAGGAUGUUGUAUUGUGUGACUGUAUUCGUUGUAGUUAAAACAAAAGACAAAAAAAAAACUUUAAACGGACAUCACAUCAACUACGAAGUCCCAGUUUUUUUUUUUCUUCUCUUAAGUGUCUAGUGAAACCUCACAGAUUCGGGUAUGUAUCUUCAUCUCAAGGGUGUUGCUCUACCUUUCCCACCACCGCUGCAACCACCUGCAACCAGUUACCUGCUCUUUGGUCCUGGGGAAUAGCUGCUUUAUUAUUUUACGUUGAUAUUUUUCCUCCUAAAACUUGGAAAACUGAGUUCUCCUUUAUCAUACAGUCAUACAGCCUGACUUGUAUCCCAAUUUCUUUGACAGAUUUGUUUUUUGUUCCCCCCCCCCCCCCCCCCAAGGAAGUAAUAUGGCAACAUCUGUACAACCAGAGGAAUGUAAUGCAAAGUUGGCACAGACUUUCACCCCAGUUAUGUUUAAUUUAUUUUUUAAGACUCCAAAUUAAGCCUGCUCUCAGCCGCUUUGGGGUUUGGUGGUAAAUAGUUUUUAAAGUGUAUUGUGUGGUUCUAUUUGUUCACGCUUUAAGAUUCAAGUGUUUAUUUCAACAGGCUGGAGGUGUUGAUUGCAAUAAGUAGGAAAAGAUAUUGUGUUAACAGCAGAAAAGUAAACCUUAAAAUGAAAUGGACCCAAGCAGCUCCUAAUGUUCAGCAUCAAUGAAAACAGCAGUUUGGUUUCCCCCGCUCUAUUUUCUGACCAAGUUUUUUUAGGUGUGUGUGUGCGCGUGCGCGUGUGCGUGUGUGCGCGUGUGUGUGUGUGUGUGUGUGUGUGUGUGUGUGUGUGUGUGUGUGUGUGUGUGAGCUCUGCAUAGUCUUUCAUCAGCUGUCAUGAUCACAGUGCCUUGAUUUGAGGACAUGGAGUGAGUUUGGUAAUGAGAUACGGCCCAACCCUUCUGAAUUAGUUGGGAAGCAUCUGGCUAAGCUGGACAUGAUAAGAAUUUGACCUUGCUUAGCGAAGUUGGACAAAGUUGCCUUCACACGCUGAUUUGGCUUUUGGACUCCCUGCUGAUUUUCCCAACCAUCGUGUCCACUGGAGGGCAGCUUUGUCCCUUUAUGUAAGUCACAUUUAACAGAUACAUUAGACAGCACCAAAUUCGUACUCCUAUUUGCCUAUUGUCAGAAUGUUGACAUGACCUUAGCCACCACAGAGUCUACUGCUUACGUGUCCAUUCACAGAAGCACAUCUCUACUGCUGUUAAACCCAAAUCCCUCGGCUUAGCUGCUGCCCCCUCUGUUCUUCUUGAUUUCCAAUUUAAAGUUGCACUGUAGCAAACACAUGCUGUUCAAAAGGGAAAACUGUAAAGAUGGACUGUGCAAUGUAAGCAAAGCUUUGGAGAUGCCAACUUUGAUAUAGCAGUUAAAUAAUUUAAUUUGAUUAAUCCCCCACUUCAGUUUGUGUGCCAAGACUGGGAAUGCUUGUUUCUCUAGUAAUGUGUUCAAGAAUGUAUUGCAAAUGCAUUGGUUGACGUGUUUGUCAAAUAUCCAGUUGAAUAUCAUUUAAUGGAAGUUUCUGUUAAGCAGGUAGAGAAAAGGGGUCACCUGUUUGUAGUAGACUGUGUAGUUAAAAGUAAGGGACUAGAAAGUCACAUUUCUUUUUGUGAAUGUUACAGUAUUUGCAACUGUUGGGGAAGUGGCUGUUUUUAUAGCAGUAUUACUUACUCCUGUUUCUGGUAUUAUUGUUAUUUUCCUGCAGGGAGAAAAUCGCUUGACACUGAUGUGGUUUCACCAUCAUCAGACAUGGUCAUUGUUGUGCGUGUGGUUUCCAUCUAAUGUGUAUAUGGAGAUGCUUCUUCCCCCCCCCCCCCCUCCUGCUCAGAUUGCUGUCAUUGGCUCCUGAACAAAAAAAAUUGUUGUGAAAAUUACAGUUUGGUCAGCUGACUGUUGGAAGUAUAGAAAAGUGUUUUGUUUGUUUUUCGUUUUCUAUGCCCACAGUCACUGCUCUGUUUCUCCCCAGGUCUGACUUUGGCUGUGCUCUCGCUCUGUGAGGUUUACAAGGAAUAAACAGUUUUUUUCUUGCAAAUUGA